GGGGUUUUUCCGUAAUAAAAGGCCUCAUCAGUUGAUGGGCAGAAGAGGAAGCGAGAGGAGGCGGCGGAGAUGGCGACGGUAUGGAAGGGAAUGACGUUCGCCGGCGCGAACGUGUUCCUCUCGCGCAGUCUCGUCCCUCCGGAGGUGUUCGACGCCCUCCACGACGCCCUCAAGCUCAACGGCGCUACCGUCUUCCUCUGCUGCGACCCCUCCUGCUCCGGCCCCAACGACUACCACGUCAUCGCCUCCCCUGACCACGAGAAGUUCGCGGACCUCCGCGCCAAGGGUUGCAAACUGCUCGGACCACAAUGCAUCUUAUCCUGUGCCAAAGAACAUAGGAGUCUGCCUAAACAAGGUUACACCUGUUGCCUCGCUAUGGAUGGGGUUAAAGUUCUGGCAUCUGGAUUCGAUAAGGAUGAAAAGGUUCAUAUCGAACGACUAGUAACUGCUAUGGGAGGUGUACUGCAGACCAAAACAUCCCAGGAUGUUAAUUUUUUCAUCGUAAAGAAUGUCUUGGCUGCUAAGUAUAAAUGGGCCUUAAAUAUCCUUAAGAAGCCUAUUGUCGGUAUGAGCUGGUUAAGACAAUGCUGGACUGAGCAUCGUGUUGUGCCACAAGAGGCUUACAGGAUUCUUCCUUUCACUGGCUUGACUAUCUGCGUCACAAGAAUUUCUGCAGAUGAGAGAAAGGAGCUGGAAAAGUUGAUUUUACAAAAUGGUGGCUGCUAUUCAGCUGAUCUUACCAAAAAGUGCACUCAUCUGGUUUCAGAUGCUCCUGAAGGGGACAAGUAUGUGGUUGCACGAAGAUGGGGUCAUAUUCAUAUUGUUACUCGCAGAUGGGUUGACCAAUCUGUUGCUGUAAAAGCUUGUCUAGAUGAAGGAUUGCAUCCUGUUCAGGUAAAUUCUUUUUCAUGCAGUGAUGCAAGAAGCUUUCAGAAGGAACAACGGUGCCAUGAGCACAGCAAUGCAACAUCACAAACCGUCUCACCUUUAAUGGUUGAGGACCUAGAAGCUACUUCAUCACAGAACAUAUCAUCUUCAUUUUCAGAUGCUACUAAGCUGAAAAAUGAGGGAAUGGAUUCAGCAGCUGUACAGCUGAAAGAUGAAAAGAUGUUGAACUCUCAUGUUGCUGAGGACUCUGAAUCGGAUGAUAAUGAUCUUUACUUGUCAAAUUGCAGAAUUCUUCUUGUGGGUUUUGAGGAAGUGAAACUGAAUAGACUUGUUACUAUGAUACGUAAUGGUGGAGGCACUCGGCAUAUGAUACUUAAUGAAAAGCUGACCCACAUUAUAAUUGGUGAACCUUCAGAAUCUGAAAAGAAAGAGGUAAGACGUUUGGCUGUUUGGGGUGUUAUCAAUGUGGUAAAAGCUACCUGGCUGGAAGAGUGUGAUCAGGCAAAGAAGGAACUUGCUGUAUCCACAAGGCACCUAGCAUCUGAACUACUCUUUUCAAAAGCUUCUUCAUGCUUCAUUGUUGAGUCAUCUGCAGAUUCCACCAGGAAGGUAAAACACUUUGCUGGCACUCCUUGUUCGACAGUGGUCCAUGUAUCAGAGGAUAAGAAGUUUGGAGAAGAGUUGUUUUCAGAGAAAAAUUGCAGGGAAGAGAGAGUCAAAGGUGAUGUAAAUGUAAGCAACAUUUCAGGAUUAGCAACUACAACUGAAAAAUUAAAGCAAUAUCGAGCAGAAAACAGUUUGACUCAGGGAGGCCAGAAACUUAAAGCUACUAGCACCAUGGAUUUCCCAAGUAGAAGAUCAACAGAUACUUUCAAGGGGAAAACUUUCUGUUUCUCAAAUUCAUUUCCUGAAGACCGGAGGGCUCAAGUAAUUGAAUGGGUUGGGGAAGGUGGAGGAAUGAUGGUAGACGAUCAUCAUAAGAUGAAUGCAAAUUUUAUCAUUGAGCGUCAUGGUCUCUUACAUGUUCCUGCUGGUGCUUCUCAGACUACUGUCGUUUCAACUCAGUGGAUACGCUCUUGUUUAGAGGAGGUCUGCAUACAAGAUGUUGGAAGCCACGUUAUCUACUCGCCAUUGUGCUGCAGCAUUCCGUUACCUGGAUUUGAAAGCCUUAGAUUCUGUGUCUCGCAGUAUGAAGAGAAAGAGAGGCUUUUGUUAAGAAACUUAUGCUUCACUUUGGGAGCUAAGUUUACUGAAAAGUUAACUAAAAAGGUCACCCACUUGUUAUGUAAGUUCACCAGUGGUCCAAAAUAUGAGGCUGCUUGUAAGUGGGGAAUUCAGCCCAUUACUGCUGAGUGGAUUAAUGAGUGUGUUUCUCAGAAUAUGAUGGUUGCUGUUGAUCCAUUUCGGCCUAAACCAGUUACUACUGAGGAUGGAGAAGCAGGCAUAUGCACAGUGAGUCAAUAUCCUACACAGGCAGCUUGUAUGAUUUAUGGAUGCGUUCCAUCUCAGUUGCCGAGUGAAUUUCAGGAGUUAAAUGUGAACACAACAAGAAAAACAGGCCAUUGUCAAGAAGAAUAUGUUAGUGCCUUAGGGAAAAGGUCAAGAUUGUCAGAAUGUGACAGCAAUGGUGAUGCAUCCAAGAAAACGAAAGUACCGGAAGAUCAGGUGGGUCCUGAUGCUGUUCCUGAUGUUGCAGAUGCCAUAGAGGACCUAUUAGCUCAGUCAUCUAAGAUCCAGGAUAUCAAGUCACCUCCGCAAUCUGGUUGUGAUCAAACUCUGCAGAUUUUUUCAUCUGAUCAUUCUAUACUUCGUCAAGAAAAUGAAAAUUCAAGCUCCACUUUUGGUAUUUCAAAACAUUGGACAAGCAGGACCCCGAAAGAAGUAACUGCCCCUGACUCUUCCUGUCAAGAAAGAAGUCACAGUACGUAUGAUGUUUUCAGUGAGACACAAACAGAGUCACAGGUUGUUGGUUACGAAGAAGAUCUAUCAGGAAGGCAGAAAAUAAUUGAUAGAGUUCGAUCGCAAAGCUUGACACCAGCUCCAGAUGGAUUAAAUCAAUUUUAGUAUGCCUUCUGGAGUCGUCAGCAUAAUUGGGUGCACCCUUUAAUAAUCUCAUCUCUCCAGAUUCAGAAGAAAUGUUUAUGUACUCAAGGGGUUACUGCAAUGUGGCAUUUCAUGUUCAUCAAUCUCAAAGAGAUGUUCAUUCUUGUAUCUACUCAUGCAUAAAAAUCUCAGGCUCUAGAUAAGUGCAGAUCAAAGUUUACAUGGCGUUCCAUACAUUGCAGUAACGAAGCUUGUAUGAUGAUGUAAACAUCUUUUCAGGUCAUAUCAAUUCAAGCUGUUAUCUGA